CGAAGCUCGAAGCGAAGUCGCUCGAAGCAGUCGGAUGUCGGAUCGGAGCAGUUGAAACGGAAAAUGGCGUCCUCGAAAAGCCAACGGUGGAUGGUAGACUCGGGCAUUCUGCGUAAAAAGAAUAGCGACGAGGAACCGCAGGAGCUGUUGGUGUUUGGAUAUAGCUGCAAAUUAUUUCGCGAUGAUGACAAGGCGAAAAUGAUUGAUCAGGGAAAGCAUUUGAUACCAUGGAUGGGCGAUAACACGUUGAGGAUAGACAGGUACGAUGGACGAGGGGCGCUGGCUGACUUACGGAUUCACGAGCCACCACCAGGUGGUUUUGAUCAACGGACAAUACUUACCGAGGAAGAACUGAAAGUAGAACAACUCUGUGAUGAGGAGCGGUAUCGGUCCAUCUACAAUAAUGAUGCAGAGGAAUCUAUGUAUCAUGAAGAGGAGAUAAAGAGGUUGCAUCAAGCAUUGGAUUCCGAAUCUUCGUACAAUCAAGUAGGAUAUAAUUAUAAUGAAGAUGAAAAUGGUCAUAAAGCCUCUGGCGAGGAUUCUCAGAGCUCGAAACAAUCGGAGGGCUCGCAAGAGGAAGAUCAGGCAUUCGUGCCGCCGCCUGAACUGGAAAUUCCUGAGGGAAUGAUCCUACCGGAAACACAGAAACUGAAUGCCAUUAUAAUGAAAACGGCGCUGUUUAUAAGUCAACACGGAAGCCAAUUGGAAAUCCUCAUUAAGACGAAACAGGCAAACAAUCCUCAAUUCGCAUUCCUAUCGAUAGAUGAGCCGCUCCAUCAAUAUUACAAAUAUGUCCUCGAUGCUAUCAAGAGUGGAAAAUAUAAUCCUGAAAAACAACCUGAGAAAGAAGAAUCCGAACCAGAGGAAGAGUCUGACCAAGAUGACGAAUCGUAUCUGCAUCCAAGUCUCGCAUCAUCACUUACCAAGAUCGAAGCGGCACCUAGUAUACCGAGCAUACAGUAUAAACCGUCAGCGGAUUGUGCAUAUUCCAUGCUUGUGAACAAGAUCACAGGAAAACCACCACCAUCCAAAACAUCACAAGGGUUAGAUGCGACGAUGCAAUCAAUGUCAUCUACAGGAUACUAUCAUACGAUGCCACCACAGAGUUAUCCUUAUCCCACGCCCAUACAGUACUCACAUGGUCCAGUUAUAUAUGGGUCAAACGGACAAAUGCAAUCACCUUCACAACUCGCCAUGCCAAUUAUGCCGAACGACACGAUCACGUCGCAAACCUCAUCACCUAAAGAGACACCCACGCCGUUAGUACCAUAUGGAAUACCUGCGCAAAAACCAUUAAGCCGGCCGUCCUUUAUUGUGCCACCAGCAGAUGUUCAGAUCAUCAUUGACAAGAUGGCGAGUUAUGUGGCGAAGAACGGGCGCGAUUUUGAAACGAUCGUGAAGAAUAAAGGGGAUCCUCGAUUCAAUUUCUUGGAGCUGUCCCAUCAGUAUCAUGGUUACUACGCGCACAAACUGACUGUGUACGAGGGUGCGAUAAAUCCGAAAGUGUUGACGGAGGAACAAUUAUUGCAGAAACAGGAACCACAGGAAGAGAAGCAGAAAAAAUUGGAGGAAUUGCAGAAGAAACAACAGCGAAUGGAGGAAGUUCAGAAGCGAGUGAAAAUGAUACAAGCAAAGAAGAAGAAUGGUGGAGACUCGAAAAUGAAACAGAGCACAGGAUCUGCGAAACAGAUUACCACUGUAUCGUUCUCCAUCAAAAAGCCGAAAGAUGGGGAAAGCACGGUGAUUGAGAAAAGGAAUGCGUUACCAUUGGAGGAGAGCGAUGAAGAGAUGGAGAGCGACAAAAAGGAUAUUAACUCUAAGCCCGGUUCGCCUGAAGAUAGUACUGCCGAUGCCAGUUUUUCGAUUGCUAUUGGAGACAAAGAUCUACCGAAAUUAGAGAAGAAACUGAAGAGCGAUGACAAAGAGUUGGUGGAUUUAACGGAUGAUAUUCUCGAGGAUUGUCAGAAGGAAAUCAGGCAGAAACAAGCACAAGAAGACAGAAUCAAAGAUAAAUUGGCAGCGGCCGCGCGAGAUAAAUUACUUUCCAAAGAACGACAGUUGCAACUUGAAAGAAAAAAGAGAGCUGCUAUAUUUCUCAGCAACAUCCAGACACCAGCACUUAAGACUGGUUCUACUACAGUGAAUCCGAAUUUCCGAAAGGACGAUUCAGACGAAGUACACUCCGUGCCAUCGCCAUCCCUAGAAGACAAUAAAGACAAAUCUUUACAAGAUACCAAAACGUGCAGUAAUUCCUUAAUGGAUCGAUUGAAGAGCGCGGAUCUGAGCGGCAAGAGAUCGCGACAACGUUCCAGGAGUCGGAGCGGAAGUCGCACAGACCGCCACAAACUACAUAAGAAACACAAGAAAAAGAAAAGUUCUCAUCGAAGGUAAUUGAAGUUACUUAAUUGUAAUAUUGAGUGCAAUAUGAAUAAAGCAGUAUAAAAGUUCAAA